GGGGCUUAUCUCCACCAAUGGAACGAUGACCGCUGCAACAUGAAACACAACUUCAUCUGCAAAUACCAGCCAGGUACCAACAGCCAAUCAGCUUCACCGUCUCUGGACGCACAUGGAGGGUGGGGCACAGAGGCGACUGCAGGUGGAGGUGUGGUCAGGGCUUCAGGCAGUGCGGAGGUUCCCCCUCAGGUGGUCAUGGCCGGAGCUUCAGGGAUGUUACUGGUGUACGUGAUAAUACCCACAAUCCCCCUGCUGCUGCUUAUACUGGUGGCUUCUGGGACUUGUUGUUUUCAGAUGCUGAGCAGGAGUUCUCCCCGCACAAAGACCGCCGUUGCCGUGGGCAACCGCUCCACCCUGUGGAUCUCCAGGAACCCCAAACCGGACAGCAUGGACGUCUGACCCCCCACCCCCUCCCUCACAGCAGCAUCACCUGGCAGAGGGAUGACUUCACCUCACGGCUCGGCCAAUCAGCUUCACCGUGUGCUGACGGACAGGACGAUGACGUCAUCACAGAGGCUUUUAUUUUGUAUUUGUAUAUCAGCUGUAUGUGUGUGUGUGUGUGUG